CCCAUCAGCUGGAAGUCGAGUAGCAUUACAACUCUCAGCAGCCUGAAACUAUUACAUUACAGACGAGAGAUUCUUACCGUCUGAGGAUUUAACCCGCGUCGGAUCACGGGAUUUAUUCUCUCUAACGUCGGGAUUUUUCUUUUAUUCUACGGAGACUGUUUGCUAUUUUUUUUUUUAAGAGCAGGGGGGCAAACUGGCAAGAGGAGAGCAUGGAGUAUUUCAUGGUUCCAGCUCAGAAGGUGCCCUCCUUGCAACAUUUCAGGAAAACGGAGAAAGAAGUGAUUGGAGGUCUUUGUAGUCUGGCCAACAUUCCUCUGACCCCAGAAACCGCCCGGGACCAGGAGAGGCGAAUUCGCAGAGAGAUUGCCAACAGCAACGAGCGUCGGCGCAUGCAGAGCAUCAAUUCUGGAUUCCAGUCACUUAAAACACUCAUCCCACACUGUGACGGAGAGAAGCUCAGCAAGGCUGCCAUCCUGCAACAGACGGCAGAGUACAUCUUUGCUUUGGAGCAGGAGAAGACGCGUCUUCUGCAGCAGACCAGUCAGCUCAAACGAAUCAUACAAGAGUUAAGCGGUUCCUCUCCGAAGAGGCGGCGUGCGGAGGAGAAAGACGAAGGGAUUGGCUCGCCAGACAUCCUGGAGGAGGAGAAGGUGGAGGACUUGAGGAGGGAGAUGAUUGAGUUGAGGCAGCAGCUGGAGAAAGAGCGCUCAGUCAGGAUGAUCCUGGAAGAACAGAUGCGGUCCCUGGAUGACCAGUUGUACCCAGAGACACUGAAAGCAAUCAGCCAGCAGGUCCAGGAGCAGCUGACCCAAACCCAGAGCCUUGGCCGUCUGCAGAAGAACAAGCAGCUGGAGGGGGACCGUACUCCAGCCCACAGCCCUCAGGUGUUGACCCCAACUACCCCCCCUGCACCUACACACCAUGCCACGGUAAUCGUCCCCGCACCUGUCCAACCUGCCCCACCCCAUCAUGUCACCGUGGUAACCAUGGGCCAGACGUCGGUCAUCAACACAGCGUCCACAUCUCGACAUAACCUGGACACCAUUGUUCAAGCGAUCCAGCACAUCGAGGGCACCCAGGGGAAGGGCUGCGUCGGCGAGGAAGAGCAGCGGAGGGUGGUCAUCGUCACUUCUGGUCGUGCCCUCUCUGAUGCAGCGGCCUCUGACACGGCCUCAAACAGCGACGGGCCCGACGACUGUUCACUGCCCUGAGUUCAUCUCUGACGUUGCGCACGUUGUACACUUACACACACGCGCACACACACACACACACACACAAAAGGCCCAGGCAGUGCGGGGCUGCAGGAGGCUUCACAUCCACAGCACUCUUGUUCGGUGGACAUUUAAUAGAGCUGAUAGACAGAUUGAAGCACUCGUUUUAGUUUUUUCUUUCUUUUCAGUCCACACUCAUACGUGUUUAUUUGGUUGUGAUAGGCAGCCCAAAUAGGUUUACACUCAUACAUGUGAUCUCUUCUGCAUAUUUCUUCUGCUUAAACCCCCUGCUCUUUCACACACAUGAACUCUUUUCUCUUUAUUAUACUAUAGAGAGGUUAUUAGAGCAACUACUUCACUGACGCUCUCUAAAGGCUCCAUGACACUGGAUAGUUGAGUGUCUGCUAAACAUCACCAGUAAUCUCCAGGACUGCCCUCUUCAUUCGGCCCUGAAGCCAUGUGACUGAUCCACGAAACCGGAGACAAAGAGCCCAGCUGUGUGGCGUCAACACCACCCAACAGCACAGCAUUUUGGUUUCAGAUAAACAUCCUUUACACCUCCUUCUCUGAGUGGUUUGGACAGACGCUGUGAGCCGACACGACUGUUGGACUUCUGGAUGAAAGAAAAUGUUGUUUUACUCUUGUGAAGUCUACUUUUUCAUGUUUUGUUUCUUUAAAGCUCCUUUAUCCAGCAACUUAAAGUGAUUGUACCAGAGACGGGAAGAAGAAAAAACUGCGCAACAUCAAUGAGAAAUGAAACUGUUUUCAUGGCUGACUGGUGCUCACAAGAAAUGGAGCUACGGUCACGAGGAGAAAGUGCGCUUACAGGUUGUUGUUUUUUUGUUUGUUUGUAUGCCAUUUUUUUAUUGGGCUGGGUUCCCAGUAAACCUACAUCUGUCUAAUACAGGCCUGUUCUUUUUACUCAUGGCAUGACAAAAAUAUCAGUGCUUUGACAUGUCCUGACAACUUCCCCUCUUGAAUUUAAAAGCACCUAGCUUGGUAAAUAAGCUAAUCUGUGGGCACUUUUGAGUGAUUUCCACUUGUGCGUGUCCCAUUUUGCAUUUUGAAUCGGCCGGGCUUCACGGUGUCCCAGACUCUGGCAGUCUGCGACAGCACAGCUUUUGCCUUGAAGUUAAGGCAAGCGUAUAUGUGCACACAACACUCAUACAAAUAUGACUGAUAUACAAUCACUUGUUUGCGCAAUCGUAAAGGCUUGUUUUAUUCAGCCCAUCAAAGUGUCGUUUCUCGUCCACGUGUUGGGACAUCUAUCAAAGCAGACUAGACUUCAAAUACAAGGAAAGUGCCGGGUGAAAUUGUUCGACUGUGCCGUGGAGGUGACUGGGCUGACCACACAUGCUCUAUGCAUUAGUCUCUGUUGUGCGCUUUUUGUCUAGUGUGCCCUGUUUUUUACACGUUAGAUCGUACUUUAAAUGUAUUUGCCUGGAGCUGUUGGCUGACAGACAUUAAGACUUGUAGAGAGAGAGGCAGCAGCUUGCCUGACUAAUAGCCCGUGGGUGCAGGGAGGUGCUGUGAAGCCAGCCUUAACGUGGCCUCUGGGGCCUGAGAGAUGGACCUGAACACUUGCUCUGGGCUGGUUGGUGGCCACUGGAAUCCCUCUGGUUCACCCCUCGCCCUUCCGAACAGGUUUUAUACCCCCCGGGUGUGGUAGAACAUAUAAUCCCAGAUAUCUUGUCUAAUUUCCUAUGUUUUAUUGUGUUGGCCACGAACGUGAAAAGGUUUCUAGUGUACUAAUCCAUUUACGACACAAGCUCUCCUGAUAUUUCUUUCUCCCUAACGAUUCAAAUGUGUAUCCAGUCCUGGCCGACCGCUGGCCCCUUCAUGUGCACUAUUAAAGCCAGAUGUGUGGGGAAAAGCUUCCACAAUGAAAUGUUGACAUUCCACAACAUCAUACACCUUUUUUUCCAUGCCGGGUCUCAUUAUUAGGUACAUUAAGUGCUUUUGACACAUCAGUGCUAUUUUAUGAUUGCGUUGAGGGACAGCGUCAUAUUAGUGUCCUCUGCAUCAAUGCAUAGAUGGAGCUUGGAACUGCUGGACAGAUAAUGUGUUCAAUUGAACACAACCUCAUCAAUCGUGAUUCAUGUCAUGGAAUUGCCCUUUAAAGAAAUAUUGAUGUCAGCUGCACUGAAAUGACUGACACGACUGUCAAAUUGAAUCAUGGGACAUUUUCCCAGUACUUAUUACUCAAAGCAAGGGGAUUCCUGGAUAUUGAAAAUGUGUUCUACAAGCUCUGCGUUCUGUAGAGCCCUGUGCUUUUUCCUCCGAGGAUGUAUCUGCAUUUGAUGGUUUUCUGCUGAAUCCCAGACCAGUUUUGUACCAUCUGUGUUUGACUCUCUGUUUUGUGUGUUAGGAAAUGUUAGGUGGACAUAUCGGCUUGUCAGAUGAGUGGGGUGGGCGUGGGGAUCAUUAAAUAAGGUCAUGAUUACAAAGCACUUACUGUAAUAUACUGGAGACUGCCUCUUUCAUUUGUAUAAAGGGGCAUCUCCUCAGCUGAAGCUCUUUAGGUUGUGAGUAAAAGCCGCACAGCUGUGUAUCCCCCUUGUCCUCCAACAUCUUGCCCUGUUUGCCCCUCUCAUCUUUAUUUUUUUGGGGGACGCAAAAUCUUUUACGCUAUCUUUGUGUAUCAAUCGUCAAUAUCUCUUGUGUCCUUUCACAUUUCGCAGCUCCCUCUUCUCCCCCCUCCUUUUGUCUUAUCUGUAACUUUUUUUGUUUUGGUUAGACCUGUUGGUGCAUAUGGUUGUCAAGAAGCUAUUUUGUGUCCGUUUUUGUUUUUAAGAGAAAUGUUUUGGGGAUAAAGAGGCUUGUGCCUUUUGUAAAGACAGAAUAAUAAAGUUUGUACUUUGUUUUUUAUGAAUUGG